AUGGACACGAUCAACGAUGUCAUGAAGCACUGCGUGCCGAUCAACUACGCCGACUACGACCCUCUCCCAGCCGACCACUUCUGCACCUACCCCGUCUUCUGCUCCAAGGCCACAGCCGAAGCCAUCGAAGCGAGCGCAACAUUCACCGCAAACUGGAAGCGCGCCUGCAAGCUCGACGGCCUGCACCAGGACAAGCUCGACUUCCAGGCCUGCACCACGCACCUAGGCCACUACAACCAAUGGGCGUACCCAGACUGUCUGCCCGAGCGAGUCUCGCUGAACGCCGUGCUCAGCGACUGCGCGUUCUUCUGGGAUGAUGUCAGCGACAGCAUCAGCGCCGAGAAGAUGGACGAGCUCACGCAGGACUUUGGCAUCGCGAUGCUGAGCGAGCUGCAGUCGGGCCGGCGCAUCGAGCCCACGUUCGAGAUCAACCGGAUCGCCGUGCAGGUCGCGCGCGAUCUCAUUGCCGUCGACCCCUUCACGGGCAUCGGGCAUCUGAAGGGGUGGAAGGGCCACCUUGAUGCGCAGGAGAGGAGCACGCACAACAAUAUGUCGUGGGAGCAGUAUGUUGAGCAUCGGGUCAACGAGUCUGGGGGGAACUGGGGCAUUUCGUUUGGAUGCUGGACGAACGACAUCCGCAUUAGCGACGAGGAGAAGGAGUCGGUUCGGUAUCUUACGCAGCUGGCGUGUGCGGGUGGGAUCCUGGGGAAUGACUACUAUAGCUUUCCCAAGGAGUUUGAUGAGCAUCAUCGGUCUGGGACGCUGGACCGGCUCCAGAAUGGGGUUGCGUUGUUCAUGCGGGAGUAUGGGUACACCGAGGAGGAGGCGAAGGAGAUCAUCAAGGCGGAGGUGAUCCGCAGGGAGAAGGAGUGGAUGGAUGGGUUUGAUGCCUGGAGCCGCCAGGCGGGCCCCGAGUCUGGCGAAGUCCGCAGGUAUCUUGUCAUGACGAUGGCGUUGAUGUCCGGGAGCAUGUUCUGGAUGGCCCAUGCCGGUCGCUACCACCGGACAGAUCUCGCUACCACCGCCGAGGACCGCGCAACGAUUAUUGGGAAGGCCCACGGUGCUCUGCGAGUGCUGGAGGGGUAUCCUCUGCCGAAGGGUAUGGAGGGCAUCGUGCGUGAGCCACGAGCAAUCACCAACGCUAAUGGACACGAGGUGCAGGCUCAGGCUCCGGCCCUAACAACCCAGAACGGUAACGGGCAUGCCCAGGAUGAGCAUCAUUUCAAAGAAAGGAGCAAUGGAAGCAAUGGGAAUGGUAGUGUAAGCAAUGGAGUCUAUGUUCAGCCAUUCAAGGCGCACGGCACCUGCACCAACUGCAUGGCUGCCUAUACGGCUCCGUUCCAAGAAGCUCCCGGCGAGGCAAGCCCCCUAAUCUCCUCAAGGCGUACUGGACUGACAUACGCAGAUCUGCAACGCCCCAUACGACUACAUCGACUCGCUCCCAUCCCAGAAGAACCGCAACAAGCUGCUCGACGCCCUCAACGACUGGCUGCAGGUCCCCUCCAGCUCCCUCGAGCGCAUCAAGAACAUCGUCCACAUGCUGCACAACUCGUCUCUGAUACGCCUCGGCCCUCCGACGCGGCCAGCCCGUCACGCACGCCUUCUACGGCAUCAGCCAGACCAUCAACAGCGCCAACUACAUCUACACGAACUCCGCAACCUCCACCGCGGCCAGAGCCUCGAUCUGUACUGGCGGCACCACGCCCGCUGCCCAACAACAGAAGAGUACAUCGUGAUGGUCGACAACAAGACCGGCAGCCUCUUCCGGCUGAUGCUGCGCCUCAUGACCGCCGAAUCACCAAUCAGCCGGCCUCUAGACACGGCGCUUUCCCGACUCCUAACCCUAACCGGGCGGUACUACCAGAUCAGGGACGACUAUCUGAACCUGACGUCUGCAGACUACGAAUCGAAAAAAGGCUUCUGCGAAGACUUCGACGAGGGCAAGUUCUCGCUUCCCCUGAUCCACCUGCUCACCCACACCCGGCACCCCGACCGCAUCACCUCCGCCCUCUUCAACCGGGUGCCCGGGACAGCUCUCCCGCGCGAGGUGAAGCGGCAUAUCCUGGCGGCGAUGGAGGAGGCCCGGACGCUGGACUACACGCGGGACGUGCUGAAGUAUCUGCAUGA